GAGGAUGUCGGGACAGCUAAGAUGUCCGCGCACAUUUGAAAAGCGCCUGUAGCAAAACCUUCACUUUGGGACCUGAACCAAGUUUUUUAUAUGUUGGCAGCGGUGACUACGCGGUGCGCAAGCAAUAUUCACACGAAGCAAAGACAAGGACUCCGCGACAAGAGCCAGAUUAUUCCUUAUUAUCAGAAAUAAUGCUGAUAUCUGGAACUCAUGUCGGAAGUCGUGUAUGAAGAGACAGCCACGAUGAUUGCCGCAGGGGAAUUGCAGUCGUUUGUCCCGUUUGGCCGUGAGCACUGCAGGAACCAUCCCAACGCCUUCAACCUGCAGCUACGGGAGCUUCAGCCUGCCUCCGAGCUCUGGUCGUCGGAUGGUGCCGCUGGCCUGGUGGGUUCCCUCCAGGAAGUCACUCUGCAGGAGAGAGACAGGGAAUGCUGGCAGCUGAGGAAAGGCUGCGUGGGAGUUGGGGGGGAGGAGGUGGAGUUUGAAGAGGAGCUCUACACGGCAGGAAACAUGGUCGUGUGGAGCCAGGGCAGCCGCUCCCAGGCCUCCAGUGUAUACAAGGCCUUCACUGUGGACAGCCCAGUGCAGCAGGCCCUAUGGUGUAACUUUGCUGUUCCUCAGAACAAGAAAGCUGUGGAGGAGGAAAUGGAGCAGACAGUGUGUAUCGUCCAGAGUAGCUGUGUCAACGUCCACAGUACAACUGGGAAAGAUUUCAUAUCUCCGCUGCCCUUCCAGCUCUCUAACCUGUGGGCAACCAAGUUUGGACUUCUGUUGGAACGAAAAAACCCAGCCUCUGACGCACUGCUCAGUCCUCCAGGGGAACCUCUGCCCACAGUGUUCAGCAUGCUGCAUCCUCUGGACGAGAUAGCACCAGUAGUGUGUAAGCCUGCAGGUCUGUUCGAGGGCUCCCGUGUUCAGUAUGUGUCAGAUAGCACCAUGAAGAUAGUGUUCAGCUGCUGUCAGCCCUCCAUUGUUGUCUCAUAUGACACUGUGCAGGGAACACAUUCUGUCUGGGCCCUGCGCAAAGUCACACAUGAUGAGCGCUCUACAGUGCUGCGGUGCCCGGUAGAGCCGGUCGGCACUCCACUGGGUCUGAUGACUUCAGGCUUCUUGACUUCUCACCUCCGAAAUGUCUCACGUCUGGACUCCCCUGGUGGCAGUGGGGCAACUGGGCUUGGUCCGGGUACCGGUCCAAGUUGUGGUGGUGGCUGCGCCUCUCCUCUCCACUACAGCGCUCUGCACAGCCACCAGAACAGGAUCAUGACGUCAUCACCAGGACUCCACUCCCGGGUUCACUCCCCAAGUAUAUCCAACAUGGCUGCCCUCAGCCGUUCCCAUUCUCCUGGCAUGGCGGCCCCGUCCUUCUCGGGCGCAGCUCGUUUUAACACAUCUUUCCACACUCCGUCCCCUAGGGGGCACCACAGCUUGCUACUGUCUCCCAACAGUACCACCAACGAGUCUGUGCUGGUGCCCGAGAUGGAGCCCAUCAUACCCGAUCUAUGCAUGGAGCAGCUCUGGAGCGAGACGGCCACUGCCAGCUCUCACAGGGAGAUGAGCAGCCAGGCCUCUAAAGUGUUCCUGACUUCUGACCUCUGUGAGAAUCACUACCUCUGUUUCCUGGUGGAGUCUCACCAGCAGCUCAGAUGUGUUAAGUUUAUUGAGAGCAAUGAUACUUCGCAGCUCAUCUUUGCCUCUGUCACGAGCAUCCCUGCCAAAGACGCAGAGCCUUUGCAGAGUAUAGAUGCCAUGCUGGUGCUGGAGGCCAGUGGCAGUCUGGUUCUCUACACAGGAGUUACCAGGGUGAGCAAGGUGUUUGUCCCAGGGCUUCUGUCGCCCACUUUUAGUCUGUCCAACCAGCCCCCUCACCUCAGCACCCCGGUGGAGAAUAUCAGCACGCCGGCUAAUGCUGCCAGUCGGCACAUCCGCAGACUGGAUGAGGCUUCAAUGCCUUCUCCAGUGUCAGAGCUGAGGGGUCCAAACACUAAACACCACGAAGCUUCCUUUUUGGAGGACUACACCUUCCAACAGGCCACAUCUUACAUCCACGCGUUAAGGGAUCCUGUGUGUAAUCGGGUCACUCUGGAGCUAAGCAAUGGCACAAUGCUGAGGAUCUCCAUUCCAGAAAUUGCUACCUCGGAGCUGGUGAGGAAGUGCCUUCAGGCGAUUCGUUUCAUCCUUCCCAAGGAAGCUGCCAUGAAGGUUUUGGUGAAGUGGUAUAACAUCUACAACGCCCCUGGUGGUCCCAGUGCCCACGCUGAGUGGAACCUGUUUGUCACCUGUUUCAUGACGCUGAUGGGCUACAACACUGAGCGCCUGGCCUGGACACGCAAUCUCCAUUUUGAAGUGCCUCUCUCUCCAGUGAUUGCAGCCAAGAAGGCUCGUCCCUCUGACGGUGGUUCUGAUGAGGACUGGGAGUAUCUGUUGGGGUCCCACUAUCACCGUCAGAUGAUUUCUCAGCCUGUCUGUGGUCCAGUGGACUCCUACUCUGGCACUGCUGUCACUACAGAUACAGAGGUGCUCUCCUCUGUGUCUCCUCCCUCCAGUCCAUCUCUGAGGUUGGACAGCUCAGCUCCUCUCUUCCAUCACAUUCCUGCUCUCUUCUAUGUUCUCCAUCUGCUCUACCAGGAGCUGCAGCUGGAUGAACUGCAGAGAGCCGGGGCCUCAUCAUUGGUCUGUCUGCUGCAGCAACUGGCCAGGGACCUCCAGUUGGAGGAGUACGUGGACCUGUACUGGAGAGACUAUCCUUCAUUAAUCAGCAGCUUCACUGAGAGCUGCCUCAUGGACCAGGCCCAGAUUGGUCAGAUGCAGCGUCCGUCUUUCCUGAAGGCGGAGCCUCCCAGUAUGUUCAGCUGGCUCAGCAGCUGUCUUAGAGGGGAGGAAGUCCUGCCAUUCCCCUUCCUGCCGGGCAUCUGUCAGAGGACGAGGCUUCUGGUUCUGAGUUAUGCUCUCUAUAUUGUCGGAGAUGAGAACGCUACUUCGACUGACGUGUCAAAGUACCUGGCCAAGCUCUCUGCAGGUCAGAAGUCCUGUGCGAGUGAACCGGCCUAUAAAAGACAGAGCAGUGUGAAGUUUGAUUUGUCCAGUGAGAACCUGGCUGAGAAGCUUGUGGUCUGGCUCACCUCAGAAGGUUUUACCUUGAAGGACUUGGAGUCGGUUCCCUUUGGUGUGGCGCUGCCAAUCAGAGAGGCAAUCUACCGUUGUCGGGAGCAGCCAUGUUCUGAUUGGUCAGAGGAGGUUUGUCUGCUGAUUGGGCGUCAGGACCUGACCAGACAGGCCCACAAGAUGACCCUGGCCAAGGACAAAGCUUCUGUAAGUUCAGGCUUGUCUUUGGAGCCUCCCACCACCACAGAAGCAGAUGAGGAGGAGGAUGGGAUGUCAGACAUAAUCCAAGAGGUGACAGGACUGAUCUGGAGUCAGGACCUGCGGGUCCAUGAGGUCAGGAGGCUCCUCCAGAGCUCCAGGCCGGUUCGGGUCAGUGUUGUCCAGCUGCCAGAGGUUUCUGACCACGAGUACAUAGAGGAGAAAGAGAACAAACUUCUCCAGUUGUGUCAAAGGACCAUGGCUCUCCCAGUUGGGCGAGGCCUUUUCACUCUCUUCUCUUACCACCCCGUGCCGACUGAACCCUUACCUGUGCCAAAACUCAACCUGACAGGCCGCGCUCCCCCCAGGAACACCAUGGUAGAUCUCAACAGCGGGAACAUUGACGUUCCUCCCAACAUGACCAGCUGGUCCAGCUUCCACAACGGAGUGGCUGCAGGACUCAAAAUAGCCCCUGCCUCACAGGUGGAUUCUGCCUGGAUAGCCUACAACAAGCCAAAGAGCCCUGAGCUGGCUAAUGAAUAUGCAGGAUUCCUCAUGGCCCUCGGUCUCAAUGGACAUCUCACCAAGCUGGCCACACUCAACAUACAUGACUACCUCACCAAGGGCCAUGAGAUGACCAGUAUCGGGCUCCUGCUGGGUGUGGCUUCAGCCAAACUGGGCACCAUGGACAUGUCAAUCACCCGUCUGCUCAGUAUACACAUCCCCGCCCUGCUCCCGCCCACAUCUACUGAGCUGGACGUACCACACAACGUACAAGUUGCUGCUGUGGUAGGCAUUGGGCUUGUUUACCAGGGAACGGGACACAGACACAAUGCAGAAGUCCUGCUGGCUGAGAUAGGUCGACCUCCUGGUCCAGAGAUGGAGUACUGUACAGACAGAGAGUCCUACUCUCUAGCUGCUGGACUGGCUCUGGGCAUGGUGUGUCUGGGGCAUGGAAGUAACCUGAUUGGUAUGACAGACCUGAAUGUUCCAGAGCAGCUCUAUCAGUACAUGGUGGGGGGCCACCGCAGAGCCCAGGCUGGGGCUAAUCGGGAGAGACACAAGUCCCCCAGCUACCAGAUCAAGGAGGGUGACACCAUCAACGUGGAUGUGACGUGUCCAGGGGCCACGCUGGCCCUCGCAAUGAUCUACCUCAAGACCAAUAACAGGUCGAUCGCUGAUUGGCUGAAGGCUCCAGACACCAUGUUCCUGCUGGACUUCAUCAAACCUGAGUUUCUGCUGCUGAGGACUCUUGCGAGGUGUAUUAUCAUGUGGGAUGAGAUCCUGCCUAAUGCUGCAUGGGUCAGCAGUAAUUUACCACAGAUAAUCCAGGAGAAUAUCGGCAACGCAUCGGUUUCAGAGGACAUGAACCUGGAGACACUGGUCCAAGCCCACGACUACAUCAUUGCCGGGGCCUGUAUGGCGGUGGGCUUCCGCUUCGCUGGCUCUGCUAACUCAGACGCCUUCGACUGUCUUUACAAGUUUGCCAGGAGAUUCAUGAAGGGUCUGACCCCUGCUGCUGCUGCUGUGACGGGACAUUACAACCUGCACACCUGCCUGUCCAUGAUCCUGCUGUCUCUGUCCAUGGUGAUGGCCGGCUCAGGAAACCUGAAGGUGCUACAGCUAUGUCGAUUCCUGCACAAGCGAACCAGUGGCGAGAUGAUCUACGGCUUCCACAUGGCUCACCACAUGGCGCUGGGCCUGCUCUUCCUGGGUGGAGGGAGGUACACCCUGAGCACCUCCAAUUCAGCCAUCGCUGCCCUGCUGUGUGCCCUCUACCCCCACUUUCCUGCUCACAGUACUGACAACCGCUACCACCUCCAGGCCCUGCGGCACCUUGCAGUGCUGGCUGCUGAGCCACGCCUCCUUGUGCCAGUGGAUGUCGACUCCUUGAAGCCCUGCUACGCCCUCUUAGAAGUCACCUACAAGGAGACCCAGUGGUAUGAGGAGACCACGGUGGAACUGAUGGCUCCCACCAUGCUUCCUGAGCUCCACCUCCUCAAACGGGUCAAGGUGAAGGGGCCGCGGUACUGGGAACUGUCCAUCGACCUCAGCAAAGAAACGCAGCACCUGAAGUCCAUCCUGUCCAGAGACGGGGUGUUGUAUGUGAAGCUAAGGGCAGGCCAACUGCCUUACAAAGACGACCCACAGGGCUGGAAGAGCCUGCUGGCCUCCACUGUCAACCACCGAAACUCUGGAGUCAGAGCCUUCAAGCCUGAAGCCAUCUCCACCUUCACCUCAGAGCCAGCCCUGGUCUCCUUUGCUGAGUUCUUCUGUAAAGCCUCCGAUGGAAUGAAACACAGAGAGGACACUCUGACCUUGUUUUCCGCCAUGCUGUACGAGUGUGUGACCCAGGAGAGCCCAGAGAUGCUGCCCACAUACAUCGCAAUCGAACAGGCAGUGGGUGCUCUGCGCCGAAGUGACCUGCCCCAGACCUUCCCGCUGUGGCAGAUGCGUCUGGUGGUGGAGCUGUGGGACAGCAGGGUGCUGCGGGGCCCCACCAGCCGCAAUGGGGCCCUCCUCACCUCCGAGUUUCUGCCUGUCAUGAAGAACAUGAUGGAUGUUACACUGGACAACUGGCUUACAGACAACAGCUCAGUGCUGAGGUCCUACAUGAGGGGCGAGGCCCUCACUAAGGACACCCAGUCCACCAUGUUGGCCUGCUUCCUGGUGUACCGCUCCAUCCCCUGCCUCAGGAACACACACACACAGCUGGAGGGCUGCACCUCACUGGGGGACAUGCUGCUGCGCUGCAGCCACUUGGGCAUUCCUUUGCGAGACCUGAUGAGACUGGUCCCUGUGCUGCUGGGCUCUGCGUCUGGACCACAGACACUGCCUGGCCUCUCUCAGCACGUUUACUGACACCGCUGCUCAGCACAGGCCAGCUGGCAAGUAAAAGCCUCAGAGAUGCAGUCUCACACUGCUAGCAGAUAGAACUGAUCAUCCACAGUGCCUGAUCGCUAGCUGCAGCACUCGAGGGUUUGCAGCAGCAGGGGGGAACAAAUCCAGUACAGGAAUAGGAAUAGUUUGAAGAAGAAAAAAAAUCAUAUUUUGUUUUCUUUUCCGCCAGUAGAAGAGGGAAAAUGCUCUGGUUCAAAUUGCAGAUUGAAAGACUAGUGUGUUGUCUUACUAUUCAUUUGUAUUUCCACCAUUAACAAAGAACAGGCUGUAGCGGCGUUUAAAUACCAGUACCAGCUGCGGUAAAAUGGCACAAUGAAUGCAGGACAGGGACUUUUUUAAUGGCUGUCACUGCAGCAGAGCUUGUACUUGACUGUUGUGCUGGUGGGCAGAAGUCACCCAGAAGUUCAGCUGCUGCAAACCUUUUCUUCACCAGCCACAAAGGAAACUCUGCUCAGCAUCUCUUUGGUUGUAGAAAAUGAAUGGGUGACAGGUAAAUGCAUUGUAAGGCUUUAAACAUGGAAAUGUGUCAAGUUAAGCCUACAGGAUGGACACUGAUAUGACUACAAGGCAUGGAGGAGUUAAUGUGCACACGUCCAGACUCCUCAUCAGGUGCCUGAUGCCAAAGGCAAGACAAUAAAGUAGACGUUUGCCUGCACACUGGAUUAGUGCUGUGGCUUAUUCAGCAACAUUACACCAUAGGUAGUUUUAGCCAAGAACUCUGAUAAAUCCAAGAUGUUAGCCACAGUUGGUCUUGUGCUCGCUUUUGUUUUUCUUGUGUAUAUAUACAACUUUGAAUAAAACUCCUCAGAAAGUAAUCAUUCAGAGAAGGUUGAGACUGACAAGCUGCUGAAUAACUAUGGAAGCACUGUGCAGUGCGUACUCCAUUUUUGUCUGUUUUAUUGCCUUCAGUCAUUGGCUGAGACUGGUCAGCCUGCAUAUAUAUUAAAUUCAAUCCCAUUUUUUGCAUUUUUGGACACCAGUGUGGUAUCUCUGUUUCCCCCAAAAAUGAGCUUUUAAAGCAAAUUGAGGUACAAAAAAUUUUGCAAGAGUCUCCUAAUCUCCCUCUGGUAUGUUUUUGUAAUGAACUCAUGUCCUCAAACGAGACUGAAAAAUUCUGCUCUUCAGCAGAAAAAAAUGUCGACUUAGCUUUGUUUUCCAGUUUAUGACUUAAAUAAUCUUUAUGAGUCAGAUGUUGCUACUGGAUCACUAUAUGACACCACCAUGAUAUCUUCAAGGGCCUCAGACCAGGAAGCCAGGACACGGGAGCAACCUUUCCCUCCAUGUGUUUUGCGUCGUUGUGUAUUUGCAGUGUAAUGAACCAUUUCAGCAACUACAAACACAGUGAGAAGAGAAGCUGAUGGCUAAUUCAAGCAGUUUAAAAAACGGAGGGGAGAGGCUUCCUCAAAGACUGAACUGGGAAAAUAGAAAGUAAAUGAUGAUGGGUAAUGCAGUACAAAAUUCAGUGGCUGUUUUCACAUUUACCCUCUAAAAUGAUUUUCAGCCUAUAAAGUGCCUGGUUGGUUACCUGCCACAGUAGCUGCCCACUGUCCGUGUGAUUCCUCCUCUGCACCCUGGACAGUGUGCUGAUCUGAGACCAGUUUGCCUCUUAAACAGGAAGGGAAACAGCAGCCAAAUGGCUGGUGCGUUUGGUAUUGUUAUGCACUCUACCAUCCAUGUUGGCAGGCACCCCUGCUACUGUCUGGACGGUCUGUUCAGAACAUCAGUUUGGCUGGCUAAACAGUGAAAGUGGCUGGUCACUUCUGGAACCCACAAAUGACAGUGGAUGGUGGACAAAAAGGCUUGUUUCCAGCCCCAGGAGUGUCAGUGGAGUGAAUGUGACCAGGGGUACGACGCUGAGAUCAGCCUGCUCCGUCUCAGAGGCAUUACGCAUCUUGGACCUGAUCGAUGUUUUUCAAACUGCAUUUUUUGAGCAAAAAUAAAAGAGGAAAAAGGACGCUGUCAUUAAUCAAAGUCAACCAGUAACAACGUUCAUGACUUCACAGACUUUUCCAUCUUUUCCUCCAGGUUUACACACAAAGUGGCCUGACUACACAAUGAUAUUGCAGUAUCAUCCUCACUGUAGAUUGUAUGUAAGAUGUUUGUACUACAAAUGUGUGACUAUGAAUGAAAUAAAUGAAAUGGGAUUCGU